AAUAAAAUGGUGGAAAACGUCUCCGUCAUGGGGGAGAAGGGUUGUUACCAGAGAUAUUGAUUAUUCUGAAACAACGGAGGAAAUCCAACAAUUUUUACAGGCACCUCCUCAUUAUAUAACCCAGCUACCGGAAAUAUUAGAAGUCAAGCAUAUUCAAAGGAGGAUAGUGGAUCCUGCCGAUAAAUCUAAGUUCGUGUAUAUUCCAUCCAAUAUGAUAAUGAUAACAUUUGCAGGUCUAUCCGCUCCCAAAGCAGCUAUCUAUUUAGGGAAAAAGAUCAGAUUUGCACCAUAUAUACAGAAAAUAAAGAGAUGCAACAACUGCCAACGUUUCGGUCAUAUUGAGGCUCAAUGCAGAGGCGGCUCGAAAACCAUGGUAUGUGCAACCUGUGCGAGCAAGGGACAUCAUUCGAAGAGUUGCUCAUCAUCUAAUCUGGCUUGUAUUAACUGCCUGCGGAGGAAACUUCCUUUCCCUAAUCAUAGGGCCAGCUCGGGCAUAUGUCUGACUUUUAUUGAAAACCGAAGAGCGAAGAUUGUCAUGGCGAAAUUGGGUCUGAAUCCAGCGGAUGCCAUGGCGUUCUAUAAAUCCACUGGGCAUCGUUUACCAAAUAAAUGGUUCGAAGUUAACAGUGCUGAAGAAUCUGCUACGUUUGCGGACUUUAUCCCCUUUAAGGUUUAAGGAGAGCGACUACUUUUCGGACUUGGACCCCAGACUGUCGACUAGCGGAGAGAACAACCUGCAAAACCAUCCGGAAGACAACUUUCCUAAGAACAAGAUAAGUCCACAUAAGUCUAAUAUAUCGCGCAGAACCUCAUACAAGAGAAAAAGAUCAAUAAGCUUCAACCUUCCUUCGGAGCAGAUGACACCCCCAUCUGAGGAUAUUCCCGUAAUUGACAAUCCAAUCCCUCUGGAUCUGGAAGCCCCUCCUACAACUUUACCCCUGGCCGAGCGGGGGAUGGUAAUACUCUUUUCCUUACAACAAGUUUGCCUUGCCUUCCCUCACCUUAGGGUGGAUUGGGAGAUGUGGUGGAGGGGGAGGGAGAUUAUCCCUCCUCCUCGCCAAAUAUGGAGGUGGUUCCUUCUGUUGUUCAAGAUCCUAAUACAGAACAGAUUUUGCUGACGGAAUUUAACAACUUUAUCACAGAUUAUGGUGAAAAAAUAGACCCUACCUCUGAAGAUACGGCGCCGCAAUUAAUUAUUUCUGGUCCCCAUAACGUGAUAUCGGGUUUAUGCUCUUUAUUGUCGUCUCUAAUAGUCAAACAUCAGGAAGAAUAUCUUAGAACAAAUCAAGAA